AUGUGCAGGUGUGAGACCGAGGACGAGUCGGUGGACCAUGUGCUCUACAGAUGCCCUUUGCUCUCUGCUGAGAGAGAUAGGGUCAUCAGGCAAAUUGGCGAGGACGUCUGGCCGUGUGAGACCAAGGUGUUUAUGGACACGAGGUCGAACUACUGUGCCCUACGUCGCUUUGCUAGGGAGGCCAUCGAGGCCAAAAGAUCUUCGGACAGGUUAGGCUUAGUUCCUGGUUAG